AUGAUGUCACGUUGCACCAUUCGCUCGUUGGUAGGCCUGUUGAUUACGGGGCUCAUCGCCUCGGCAUCAGCCGCAAACACAGCCGACUGGAAAUCCAGAUCAAUUUACCAGACCAUGACAGAUCGUUUUGCUCGCACAGAUGGAUCGACAACAGCCCCAUGCAACACCACUGCCGGUCUUUACUGCGGGGGAACAUGGCGUGGAACUAUCGACAAACUCGACUACAUCCAAGGGAUGGGAUUCGAUGCAGUGAUGAUCUCUCCCAUCAUGGAGAAUAUCCAUGGCCGAGUCAAGUAUGGCGAAGCCUACCACGGGUACUGGCCUUUAAACUUCAACAAUCUCAACUCUCAUUUUGGCACGCAUCAAGACUUGCUUGACCUUAGUGCCGCUCUCCACUCCCGGGGCAUGUACUUCAUGCUGGAUACGGUGAUCAACAACAUGGCCUACAUCACGAAUGGCAGCGACCCUGCCACACACAUCGACUACUCAACCUUUACACCCUUCAAUAAUGCUGAUUAUUUCCAUCCGUACUGCAACAUGUCAGACUGGACGGACAUGAAGAUUGCGCAGAAGUGUAGCACGGGUGAUGAAGUCGUGCCGCUACCAGAUCUUUUCACAGAGCACGAAGAUGUUCAGCAGCUCUUGAUCAAAUGGGCGAAAAACGCCAUCGAGACAUAUUCCAUUGACGGGCUCCGCAUUGACGCCGCCAAGCACGUCAACCCGGGCUUUCUAAAAACCUUUGCUGAGGGUCUCGACAACAUUUUCAUGACUGGAGAAGUCCUUGAAGGGGCAGUCAGCAUUAUGUCCGACUACCAGGAAAAUUACAUCGCCAGUUUGCCAAACUAUCCGAUCUAUUUCCAAAUCCUAGCGGCUUUCACAGAGGGCAAUACGUCCGCCUUGGCGAAAGCAGUGGAGGAUUCGAGAAUCGAGCUCCCAGAUGUCAAUGCUAUGACCUCUUUCUCUGAAAAUCACGACAAGGCUCGAAUUGCUAGCAAUUCCAAGGACAUGGCGAUGGCCAAAAACGUCCUGGUGUUUACCAUGCUGUUUGACGGAAUCCCGAUGAUAUAUCAAGGCCAGGAGCAACAUCUGGCCGGAAACUCGGUGCCCAAGAACCGAGAAGCCAUCUGGCUCACCAAAUAUGACACCGACGCGGAGCUCUACAAGCUGAUCGCAAAGCUGAAUCGCAUCCGGAGCCACGCAGCCUUGUUAGGCACAGACUACUUUGAGGACGCGACUCACCCGCUCUUCCAGGGAGGCAGUGAGCUUGCUUUCACAAAAGGUGUCCAGGGUCGGCAAGUGGUUAUGGUACUGUCUACUCAAUCCUCGACCAGCACAGCCUACACUAUCGACUUGACAGUCAGCUAUAAUGCCGGUACACCGGUGACGGAUAUUUUGGCCUGUAAGAACUAUACUGUCGACAGCAUAGGCACGCUGCGCGUCCCUAUGGACAAGGGAGAGCCCCGAGUUUUCUUCCCCACGGAAUAUUUGGACGGUAGUGGUCUUUGUGGCCACACUGCCGCAAACGUCACCCUCGAGCAGUUGAAGACUCACUCUGGUUUCACGUCGGCUGGCAUCCAAUUAACGAGUACCGGUCUAGCUACCUUCCUGCUUGCGGUGACGACUGGCAUCUUCAUUACCCUUCUUUGA